GCCGGCUGCUCGCGCUGUCAAGCUUGACCCGUCGUUUCCUGUUGGGGGUCUACACGUGUUCGGCGAUACACUGAGGAUUUGGGACAAUUUUUACUCCAUUUUUGUGUCUUUUAGGAUGACCCUGUUCCUUAUGGUUUGCACAGGAUGUAGUUUGAGUUGCUGAAGACAUGUCAUGAUGAUCAGAAGAGGAGAAAUGUGUUUAUUUAUGCUAGCUAACAGCAGGGAGGCUAAUGCUAGCUGCGCCGGAGAACAACAUGUCCAGACUUGUUCCCAGACAAACUGAGAAGGAGGGAACAGCGACUCACACGCCGUUUACAACGCUGACAGAUAUUUUAAUUUAUUAACAACAAACCAAAAUGGAUUAUCAGUUCCCACAGCAGCUUUUCCCUUCGUUCUACAACUGCGGACCGCCGAACUCGGUCCUGAAACACUGCGCCGGGAAGUGGGGCAGCUACGACCGGGUCAGACCUCAGGGCGGUUCUGGUCCUCUCUCCGACUGGACCUUCACAUCCAGGCAUCAGGUCCGAGGGGAGGCGUGGCGUCACACUGAGCCUGUACCGGUUCCCCUGCUGUCGCCUAAACACUCUUACCUGUGGCCUUCAAAGCCUCCAGAUCCACUGGACUUCACAGAACAUAUGCAGAACUUCUUCACUGAUCACUUCCAUGACGCCUUCGGGUGCAUGAGUGACAUUCUGGGUGAAAACUUUAACUUUAACGAAGGAAAGAAAGAGAGAUAUCGGAGGGAUUCAGUCAAGAUGCAGAGGGUGAACCACUUCCUUGAAAAGCUGAAGUUUAAAAUAUGUCAUCAGUCGUAUUCCUCCCGAGUGCUGGACGCCUACAGCGGCCUCCUGUCGGACGUGGUUCACUCCGUCCCUCCUGAGCUGCUCGGCUCGCUGCUGUACGAGGAGCUGACGGAGCAGAGGGACCGUCUGCUCUUCUCUGAAGGGGCCACAGGUGGCGCUCUGAGCUUCAUCCCCUUCUCACAGAGCAGCAGUGGUGGCUCUCAACAUGGCUGCCUCCUGUACCCUGGAAACCAGGGACUGGACCGCCUCAACUUCCACAGGGUGGAGCUGCAGCACCACAGAGGAACGCCCUCUGUUCUGGAAACCAGCAGCAGAGACCCAUUCAGCUUCCAGCUGAAAGGCCCCGUCAGACAGAUCAGCUCCACCUCCCUGUUCAACACCUGUUGCGUUGCCGUGCGGUCGGAUCGCCUGUGUGGCGUCUGGAGGUUCGGCGAAAGAGACGAGCCUCGUCUGCUGCAGGUCGUCAACACCAGUGAGGUCGCGACCUGCAUCAGCGUCAGUCCUCACAUCUUAGGUGAAGUCCUGGUGGCGAGUGAGAGCGGAGCGGUGAACCUGUGGACUGUCGGCAAAGGGAUGCAGAAGGUCCGGGAGGAGGACAGCAACCUGUACUUCAACGCCAAGUCGUCGUGGCGAUGGUGCGAGUUCUCCGCCCACCCGAGGGUGAUGCUGUACGCAGACAGGACGGGGGUGGAGCUCACAGACAUCAGGGUGAGUCCUGUCUCUGGUCACACUUUGUUUCGUAUCAGCAGCGCCUCCGAGUGUCGGAGCGGCGAGAGACUCAUCCUGUCCAGGUAUCUGGGAGACGCCCACGCCUUCCACCACCUCAUCACCACUCAGUACUCGGCGUACAUCAUGGACGAGCGUUUCCCCUGCGUGCCCAUGUUAAAGUUUGAUCACAUGAUGCAGUCUCCGCCCAUGUUCUGUCACGUCCUUCCCGGCUCCGCCUCCAGAACCACAAAGGUCCUGCUGGGCUCCCACAGUUCUCAGGAAAUCACCCUGCUGCAGUACUCAGGAGGCAGAGCAGAGGCCUGUUCCAGUCGAGGUCCUGCUCAAGCUCUGCUCAGACCCAGAGACAGCCUGAAACACCUUCCGGUCCAGAUCCCUCACCGUCUGGACACCGCCACCGACCGACUGUCCUCCCCUGCUGCAGGUCUGACAUGUAUUCAGAAGAAAGGAGGAGAGGAGUGCAUCUGUAUCCUGCAGCUGACGGAGGCAGGAGACAUUUUCUACCAGAUCCUGGAGCCGGAGCAGCCGGAUGCUGCAGCAGAAGACGACCCAACAUUGAGAGAAACCAAAACAACAUCAGCAGAACAACUUGUACCAGAUUCUCAGGUGGUUAUGUCGAACGACGAGGAUAUAAUCGGGCCAACUCAGGCUCCGACUGUGCCGAGGUUUGUGGCUGAAACACCAGAGAGGGAACAACCAGCGGGGAUCGUGUGCUCUGACUCUGAGGAUUCAGCGUCAGAGAGAAAAAGUCGAAGGCUGAAGCAGCUGCGGCUGCAGGUCGUCGUCAAUGACGAUCCAGAGCCGGGUCAUGAGAGUGGAUCGGACACAGGAGUGAAAGGUGGAAAGGUGGGUGGAGAUGAAGCUCAGGAGGAAGCAGCUGGCGUUUGUUCCUCAGAGCGUCAGACUGAAGUAAAACUCAGCGACGGCGCUCUCAUCACCUGGAAACACUGGCUCCAGAAACUGAUGCAGAAGAGUCGAGAUAAGAAGCCACGCCCACGCUGCUCGCAGCACUUCACCAUCGACACCAAAGACCUGCUCCACCUGUCCGGCGAUGAAGCGAUAGCUUCGGCUGAUGAGGAUCGCGUGCGGAGCCUGAGGCGAGAUCUGAGAGCGUGCAUGUCCAAACGUUCGCUGCUGGUUCACGGCUCCGUCUCCACCUCCGUCAGAGCCGCAGACGUAGAGCCGCUGCCGAACCCGGUGGACACGGAGGCCUGGAGGGAUCAGCUCAGCCACCGCCUCACCCUGUCCUGGCAGGGGGAGGAGGUGUGGCGGGCGUGGUGGGAGGAUCACCUGGGGCUGAACAAGGACGCAAAGGUGGAGGCUCUGAGGAGGAAGAGGAGGAGGCAGAAGGAGGCGAAGCGAGCGGCCGGCGGACGCCUGGAGCUGUCGGGGAGCUUCACCUCAUCCGUCAGCUACCAGUCGGAUCUGGACAACUUCUCCGACUCGACGGGCUGGUCCUCCACAGCGAGCCAGGGGAUGUGGUCCGACGCCGAGGGGUCGGGGCCGCUGUCCCGGUUGGAGGGCUACUUGGAGCACGGGACCCCGAGACCCACGACACCUUCCGCUGUGCAAAACGACACCCCAGUAACCACGCCAGCCACCACACCUCAAAGGGUUAAAAAUAAACCAGGAGACCAGCAGAAUUCCAGGACCCCCGUAAAACUGGACUCCACACCAGCCAGUCAGAGGAGGAGCAAACGUCCAGCGGGGGACGACCUCAGCUACCUGUUUGCAACACAGGACGAAUCCUCGCAGCGCAACUUUUUCUACCCGGAAGACGAGAGCGGCGUGCAGCCUCCACCUCCACCCUCCACCUCCUCUCAGCUCCCCAGCUCGCAGCCUGUCCGUCUGAAGAACCUCAGCGUGGAUCUGUCCCAGGACUCCUUCGUCCGGUCGGGUUUCUCCCAGUCCCAGAGUUCACAGGGUCGACGGGGGCUGUCGCAGGCAUCGCAGGCCAAGAAGAAGAAGUCUCGGAUGGGAUUUUGAUUCAUUGGUUUUGGUCGCUUGGAGGUGUGAGUUUAUUGAUUGGGAUUCAUGUCGUAUUUGGAUUAAAACACCUAAAGGGCUGGAAGAAGAAUUGUCCUGGAUCUGUGGUCUGAUCGUGGAGGAUUAUAUCGGUAAAGGACUCCUGAGGCUGAAGAGGACUGACUGGAGACGGGUUUGGUAGGACUGAAUGGAAUUUAUUCUCUUUAUUUUGUGGUUGUGGCUUUUUGUCACGUUGAUGUGUCUUCAUGUGUCUGUGCAGCUGCUGUGAAGCUGCUGAUUAAUUUUUGCUUUUCAGAAAGCGUUAACUCGGCAGGAGUUUAUGUUUCACUCUGCUGUGACUAGUUUCUGUUUUACUGGUUCGGCAGUAAUUUAUUGCACAACACUGCCGUGAGAUGAAACAUUUGAGUUGUUCAAAGUGACCAGGAAAAACACCCAUAAACUAGAGUUCUGUAGACUCCAGUGGAGGAUACAGCUUCUCUCCACUGAACCUUUGAAAGUAGAUAUAUUAAAAAUGAUAGAAAAUUUAGUUGUUUCUCUUGAAGUUGUUCAGCGUCUCUGUGAAUGAACUGCUGUGAUUGGCUGAUCUCCUGAUGAUGUCAGAGCUGGUUUGUUGAUUUCAGAUCAGACUGGUGUCCAGAUCAAAAAUCUGUUUUUACUUUAAAGUAUUAAAAUGACAUAUUUUUGGUCAUUAUUGGUAAGAAAAUAAAAAAGAUUUAAAGAAAUUAAAAAAUAUGGAGUCGGAGGAGGAAGGUAAUAUUCUGAAGAAAAACUUCUGAGAGAUUUCUGACAUCAAAGUCGCAAAUUUGUUAGAAAAAACUUAAAUAUUCUAAGAGAUGGAAAUUACAAAUUUAUAAAAAAAAAAUUAAGUAUUUAUAUGGAAGUCACAACUGUAUGAUACAAAACUUGAAUAUUCUAUGAGAUUAAAAUCAUGAAUUUAUGUGAAAAAUACUUUAAUCUAUAAAACGAAAGUCAUGAAUUCACAAGAAAAUCACUUAAAAUAUUCUAUGAGAGUAGAAGUCACAAAUCUGUGAGAAAUUGUGGAUUUUUUGACAAAGACCCACAUCACUCCACUUUGUCAGUGAAAUUUAAAAAAUCACAAAUUUCUUGAAUAUUCAUCAGUGUAAUCUUGGAAACAAUCUUUACAUUACUCUCUCAACAUUAUCCUCCUCCUCUGGCUCCAUAAUGCUUUAUUUUUUAAACUACAGUGUCUCAAAUGUGCCAACAAUUUAUGAAUUUACAUCUUUCUACAUCCUUCCAUCUGAUAUUUGGUUGUAAUUUUGAUUUAUUGACUGUAUGUUGUUAAAAGCCAUCUGACUGAAAUAUUUUAUUUUUAUACAAACUCUGGUUGUUGUUGGACUUUAAGAGACUCGGUUGUUUUUCUACUUUGUCAGUCACUGAGAUAAAUUAUUUUUGUAAAACCUUUUAUACGUUUGCUUUUCUAGAAAACACAGAACUGAUUUUCUCAACAAAACUGUGACAGAAAGAAACAGGAACAUGGGGAAACAUUUUCAGUUUUCUGAAAGACGACGACAAGGGACGUACGAAAAAAAGUGGGAGAAAUUACAAAUGACAAAAAUUAAAGUGAGAAUUUUGACAAAACAACAUUAAGCUGUACUAUUUCCAGAAAAGGAGUCAUUUCUCAACGGCAGAAUUAUUUGUACUUUUGGGUCAAUUUGUAAUUUUACAAUAAUGAGAAUUAAUUUUAAAUGAGAUUUGUCUUAAUAAAUUAUAAGUUCACAUCAUA